AAUAGUACCAAUGUCGCUCUCAUAAUAAUUCAGAAUAUACGCGGCAGGACUGAACAUCGGAGUGCCAAGAGUCUCAUGCAACUGGGACAGACCGAUGAAUUGUAUGCUCUACCGGGUUAACUACCCCUCAUCAUGCAGGCUUGGCGAAUUUGCCUUGUAUGUUGAAGUCAUCAGGCAUGUUUGAUAAAUAGUCACGAGUCCCAGCCUUCUCACCUGCCGCCUUCCAAGACAGAUCAUACUGCGACAAAGCUAUUCCUCGUCAACAAGAAAAUUGUUUACUCAACACAUACUACAAAAUGCCGUCUGAAAAUACUCCUAAGAUUCAGCCCUGGAAGGCUUUGUCUUCCCUUGAGGAAGCUGACAAUCCUGAUCUCAGCGAACGCAACCUUCGUGCCAACUCUCCAGGUGGAGGCUCGGGUGCAUCUGUCAGCAAACCGGUUGAUCGCGACACGAAGGCCGACCAAUACAAGCACCAAGAAUGAGUACGAGGAACAUGAAGGACCCUGAUGAUCGUCGCAAAUAUUCUUGCCUUAGGAGGGGAGGGGUAAAUGUGUUCGUUCGUUGUCAACCGUUCUAGGAGGAUGAACUUCAUUUGUAAAU